AUGAAAAAAAUUGUGUCAUCGUCAACAACCCCAAUUGCUCCUACUAUUUCUUCAACUAUUUCAAAUAUUUCUACAAUAUCUUCAACUACCACAAAUGCUUCAGUUGCUCAAAAUAUUCCUAAUGUUUCUGUUAUACCUUUAUGUCUUUUACAGACUUUACUAAUUAUAUAUGAUAUUCACUAA